AGACAGCUAUAAUGUACAUUUUCUGAGGGUUUCAACACGUCCUGGCGACAUGGCGCGACAGUUCAGAAUACGUCCACUUUUCACAGGAUUUCAUGGCCAUAAAAGAAGCCGGAGAGAAUGCAUAAGUUGGUAUCUUGUGUUUCCUAUCUACAAGCGUCUAUGUGGCGAAUGUAGCUGUGUUUAAAUAGAUCGAUUGAAAGCCCUGAUUUGAGAGAGGCUAAGUCAAUAUGAUUGGAAAAUAUCAUGUUGCCAUUUGCCAGUUGGUUGGAAGACGACCAAUAGAACUAGCAAACGUCGAUCUGAUAACUGUAUAUAAGUAUCUGGGGAUGUCUGGUGGGAACAUUGGCUUAACGUACUACAGAUCUUAACUAGUACCUGUUUACUUUAGACCACACCUAUAGCUACGUCAUGGGAAAGGACGUGUACAUUUUGCUUCUAUUACCUGUGGGCUGUUUUUGCUACGGACUACCAUAUGGUGCAGUUAAACGGAAUCCAUGUGACCAAUUCACAGAACUGAAGAACAUGUCGUCUCGAUCCCCAAACUACAUAGGGGGUCCAGUGAUUAACAACGAUGUCAACCUGGCCUCGGAGUGGUACGCAGCACCUGCUGGGUGGGAGCUACUCAGUCACGACCCUGGCAGAUGGAAGACGUGUGGUACAGAAAAACCAAUUUAUAGAACCGAUAAAAGUAACAAGAGAUCCACCAUGUGUGUCAGGACUGUUAGUGAUCCCUGUGCCUACACAUUCUCCAUGGACACAGAGGUGUGCGGCGACAGAGAGAUGUACAAGCUGUCAACAGACAUCGUUUCUUCGGGAUUCUGCUUUUCGUGCACCGAGCGUAAGCAGGACAUCCUCAUCAUCUCCGAUGUUUCACGCUCAAUUGGACCCAAGACGUUUGAGAAAAUGAAACAAUUUCAACUGUCAUUGUUGAGAUCUAUUAACAUAAGCCAGGACACUGACGCUGUUGCUUUGAUGGAGUUUUCCGAAAGCCCCAGAGUACUUAUUAAUCUCGACUCACCUUCUUCAGUGAGGGAAGCAGAUCUCCUGUCAAUGAUAAACAAGCAACAAUUUGAAAACGGACCUUCGACCGACCUUGCAGACGCCAUCGACAUGGCAGUAACAGAGGUUUUCACAGCACAGAAGGGUGACCGGGCAGAUGCCGACAACAUAGUGAUCUUGUUCACUGAUGGCUGGCUUGACAAGUCAGAGAAGGAAGAUGUGGCUGCUGCGAUUCGUCAGCUUUCUGCAGAAGUACUUGUUGUCGCUAGCAAGGGGGUAAAUUCCGCUGUUCGAGAAAUUGCCUCGAAACCUAAAGAUGACCACAUCUUCCUUCUUGAGGGUACAAAUGAAGUGGACAAAAUUAAGGGGAAGAUCUCGCCAUGUUCCCUUUGAAGAACACCUAAAGACCUGUUUCGCACAUACAAUGAUGAAAUAGGUGUCGAAAACCAUAUUUCAUUUCAAUAAAGA